AUGUCUAAAGGCCGUGUUUGUCUUGCCUACUCUGGCGGUCUUGAUACCAGCACAAUUCUGAAGUGGCUGAUCAACGAUGGCUACACCGUUGUCUGUAUGCUCGGCAAUGUAGGCCAAAAAGAGGACUGGGAUGCCGUCGAGAAGAAGGCGCUCGCUCUCGGUGCCGAGAAGAUGGUCAUUGUUGACCUCCAAAAGGAAUUCGUCGAGCAGUUGGUCUUCCGUGCCGCCCAAUGCAAUGCCAUCUACGAAGACCGCUACCUGCUAGGCACCUCACUGGCCCGGCCGGUCAUUGCACGCGCUCAAGUCCGCGUCGCCAAAGAGAAUAACUGUGAGAUCCUUUCUCACGGCUGCACAGGAAAGGGCAACGACCAAGUUCGCUUUGAGCUUGCUUGGCACGCUCUUGCGCCAUCCAUGAAGGUCAUUGCCCCCUGGCGAAUUCCUGAAUUCAUCAACAAGUUCCAGGGUCGUAAUGACCUUCUCGCCUAUGCCAAGGAGAACAACAUCCCCGUUUCUUCCACCCCCGCAAAGCCCUUUAGCAUGGAUGAGAACGUUGUUCACUGCUCAUACGAAGCUGGCAUUCUCGAAGAUCCCGACCGAACCCCUCCCAACGAUAUCUGGACCAUGACUGCUGAUCCUCUCGAGGCCCCCAACAAGCCGUACAACUUUACCAUUUUCUUCGAGAAGGGUAUUCCCGUCAAGGUUGCCACCGAGGAUGGCGUUGAAGUAACCGAGUCGGUUGAGGUUUUCAAGCUCCUCAACAAGAUUGGCCACGACCACGGCGUUGGACGAAUUGACAUUGUCGAGAACCGAUUUAUCGGCUUGAAAUCGCGUGGUUGCUAUGACACGCCCGGUCUUACCAUCCUCCGCCUUGCCCAUCUUGAUCUCGAGGGUCUCGUCAUGGACACCAAGGUCCGCGAGCUCCGCGACCAAUUUGUCACCAUCUCCUGGUCCCGCCAACUCUACAACGGCAUGUACUUCUCCCCCGAGCGAGAGUUCGUCGAGAACAGCAUCAUCUACUCCCAGCAAAACGUCAACGGCCAGGUCCGCAUGACCGCCUACAAGGGCAACGCCUACGUCCUCGGCCGAAGCAGCGAGACCAGCAACCUCUACAGCGAGGAGGACGCGUCCAUGGAUUCACUGUCUACGUUCUCUCCCAUGGAUACUUCUGGAUUCAUUGCCAUUAGCGCUAUCCGUCUCAAGAAGUAUGGUGAGGGCAAGAUCGCCGAGGGAAAGAGCUUGCUCGACGCAUAA